CAGCAGCCAGCUCAGACCUCAGACCUCACCUCCAGCCCAGCCCAGUCGGGGUCCGUCGCCAUACCAGCACCAGCACACGUCACAGCUCACGCAUCGUCGCAGCUCCGCAGCUUCAAAGAGAAGUAUGGACGGCAAAAGAAAGAGGAUCGCCUCGUCGCAGAGCAGCAACGGGCGGCCGAACAAAACACGAUCGUCGCAGGGGCAGUCGAAGAAGGCCGCAGGUGACCUGAAGGCCAGCCAGCAGCCUGGCCCGCCGGCCGUCCUCAAGUGCUCCAUCGACCCCGUAGAACGUGGUCACGAUGGCAUGACUGCGGGCGACUUCACCCUCCGCCUGGCCUUCUCCGAGGACGAGCUCACGGCCGACGACAGGAGGGUCAUCGUCAAGGCCUUGAAGGGCAGCAGGAUGGUGUGCGGCGUGCUGGAGGAGCGUCACGGGGUCGCCAAGGCCAAGGGCUACCCCAGGAGCGCGGCCAGGGGCCUCGGCCCGCUGGUGCAGCGGCUGCCCGCGGUCGCCGAGGGGCAGGUGCUACCCGAGGGCACCGUCCUCUUCCUCCCGGUCAGGGCGAGGGCCAAGUACUACGUGCUCGAGAGGACCGUGUGCACCAAGACGCACGUGCGCGACGAGGCGCGCGUCCUGGGCCACGUCACGGAGCGCAUGAAGGCGUUCACGUUCAUCCUCUGCGACGGAACGUGCGAGGGCGAACCCAACCGGUUCUGCGACUGCGAGAACGAGUCGGACUGUGAGUGCGACGACGAGGCGACCUGCAGGUGCGACGACGCGGGCGAGACGACAUGCGAGUGCGUGCUGGACGAGGUGCGCUUCGAGGGGGGCAGCGGUAGCCCCGCCACCGGCGAGGCUACCUCUUCCUCCGAGUCCUUCUUUGACUCUGAAUCCGACUGACCCGCAGAGGAGAGGGUUGGCAGAGCAUUGCAAAAAGGCCUUCUCUGACCUAAGCGGCUAGAGACGGCCGCCGGUCAGAGGAGGCCUUAUUCCAAUGCUCUGAGGGUUGGCCUCCCAGCCGUGUGGCAGAACGUGUUGCUAUAGACCGCGUGAAUGUAGCUAGAUUUCGACAUUUGUACAUAUAAGCCCAUGUACUUUUUAAUUCGAAAUACAUAUAUACUGCGGUUU